CAGGUAGCAGCUUUGAUGUGGAAAAGAAGCACAGCAGCAAUUGGAAAACACACCCUGGAAAUCCAGAGUUUUCAUUCUCCUGCUGUGCUUCCUGCCCGCUGCUACUCUCACGGGUCACAAGAAUCAGAUGAAGAGUUCGAUGCUCGCUGGGUGACGUAUUUCAACAAGCCAGAUAUCGAUGCCUGGGAGCUCAGGAAAGGCAUAAACACACUGGUGGGUUACGACCUGGUCCCGGAGCCCAAAAUCAUCGACGCGGCUCUGCGGGCCUGCAGACGGUUAAAUGACUUUGCCAGCGCUGUCCGCAUCCUAGAAGUUGUAAAGGACAAGGCAGGACCCCACAAGGAAAUCUAUCCUUACGUUAUCCAGGAGCUUAGACCAACUUUGAGUGAACUUGGGAUCUCCACUCCAGAGGAACUGGGCCUGGACAAAGCAUAAACCUUGUUGGUGCAUCACUCAAGCGUUUUACUGAUGCUACCUGAUUGUACACGGUCACUUGGAGAGACAAAACUUUAAAUCUGACCCGAAAUAACUUCCUUUAUUGAGUCACAAUGGAAGUUCUGUGGAGCUGGGCCUAAUAAAAGGAAAAACUGGUUUGACUGAUGUUCUUCCA